CCUUCCUGUGAAAUGUUUGGUGGGUGGGAUAUUGGUGUGUAUCGUUCCUUUCACUCCUCCUCGUGAGCAUGGCUGUAUGUUUGUAUCACAACAGCUGUUGAGGACACGCCGGAGCACUUCGCAGCCCCCCAGACAUCUGGGUUUCACCUGAGAAGCCUGGUAAGCUACAUUACACUGAAAUGAGCUGUCACUGCUUACCUCCCCCGGGGCGCACAGGCUAUACAACUACAUUUAGGUGGAUCUGAAGAUAGCCGAGGUUUAACCUGCCGAUAAUAGCUGUUGUCUACUCUUGAAAAGGAGAGUCGUUUUCCUUCAGCGUAGAAAAGAUCUACUUUGUCCAGGGGUGCGUUGCUGCUCUGAAAUGUAAUAACAGAUAGCAAACCAGGUCAGUGAUGGUUAAACUGGGUCUGACCUGGGUGUCUUUGGCGUCAGAACAAGGAUCAGGGACUUAAAGUGUGCAACCCGGUCUAGAUGUUGAAAGGUUGAGUUAAGGAGCUGGUUUCACUGAGUUUGACAGACGUGUUACUCAACUUACAGUCUGCAAUUGUUCAUUUUAUUGAGUGCGCGUCUAUCAAUGUACCAAACAAUCCCAAACAAAUAAAAUAAAGCAUAAAAAAAAUAUAAAGACAAUUCAUAAAUCUUUCUUCGUUUUUUCAACACUGAAGAAUUGAUAGCAUGUCACCGGUCAAGUCACAAGGUAAAACAAAUGCCCCAAAGCAGAAGGCCAAAAAAGGUUUUCAACAGACAAAUGUGACACAGAACGACCCUCAGUCUCCCUCCAAAGUGACUAAUGGGAGACAAAAAAGAAGCCCGAGUUCACCAACGCUGGACAAAAGAAAGGUGGAUGCAGUUAAGAGAAAUAUUCGGAAUAAAGUGGAUCAGAGUAAAGAAAAAGAAGCAAAAGAAGUGGGGAGCAAACUAGGAAACGGGAAAACUCGUAAUGAUAGAACACAACAUCAACAUGACAAACAGAGUAAGACCACCAAACUCAAGCCUCCACAAAAAGCAGCCCUGACUAAGCGUGGGAGGGUCACCAAGAAGCUCCCCACCCAGCCGGGAAACAAGAGAAGUGACAAUGUGACAGAGGAGGAAGAAUCAGCAAGCGACACGGGAAGCUCAGCAGAGGUGACUGUCGAGGAAACCAGCAACGACGAGAAAGAGGAGGAGCGGGGAAGUAAUGAAGAGCCCUCUGAGUCACAUGGGAGUGGGGAGAGCAGUGAGGGAGACGCUGAGGCCUCAGAUGCAGAACCGAUGGCAAACGAGGAAUCGGACAAAGAGCUUUCAGAGGAAGCUAAAUCAAGGAGGGAAGCCGACACGUCCGGCGAAGAGGAAGAGAUGGAGGAGAAGGACGUUGAAGUAUCUGAGGUGGUCGGCAGUGAUGUGAGUGGAGACGAGGUGAUCACUCAGGAGGACACACUUGAAAAGCCAACAGGUGGUAAAGCCUGGAGACGACGCGGGAAGACUUCACGUUCCUCGGAGCCUAGACAAGGAUCGAAACAGAAGAUGUUUAAAAAAACAAAGGCUGAAAAGCAGGAAGAGAAGGCAGAGAAAAAGAAAGCCAAGGCAGAGAAGCAGAGGUUAGAAAAGGAAGCCAAACAAAAAGCCAAGGAAGAAAAAAAGAACAGGAAAAAAACACAAAAAGAGGACCAACACAGUUCUGCGACAGAGGAGGUUAAUCCAGCAAAAGACAUCAAAGAGAAAGAUGAUCACGUAGAAGCUGAUCCAGAGGUCGAAGACGAGGAGACUGAACCAACAUUGACCAAAGCCUUCAAAGGCCAGAACCGGAUUAUGCUUCUCAAAGCCAAAGGUAAAGGCCUCAAAGCAAAUCCGGAGGUGGAGGAGCCGCUGGUCGCUGGAGCUGGUCGGCCACAGAGUUUGCGCUUGGGGAAGGUGACGUCUCUCCAGCAGAAAGAAAAUAAGGUGUUAGAAAAGCCUGACGAAGAGACAGAGACAGAGAGCGAGGCCACUACUGGGGGACCCGGCAAACCCAAGGAACGUUUGAUAGGAAGGAAAAAAAGUGUAUCCACUCUUCGCCGAGUUUCUGGUUGGAUUCAAAAAAACAUGCCCCAUGGAUUUAACAUGAGAAUGAAGCUUUCUGCUUGGACUAAAGCCAUAGGAGUAUCCCACUGGCUAUCCUUUCGGACUAUAAAGCAGAAGCAAGCCCCGAGGAAACCAGAAAAAAAGGGUAAUAUCUUCAAACAUAGGAUGGUUAUGAGAGUGGCCAGUAAAACUAGCCUGGCCAGUAAGAAAAACAGGGGCCCCUCGGCAGACAAAAUGGGUGAAGAGAAUGUCAGCCUCAAAAGAAAGGCGGGAGAAGAAGGGGAAGACGUGGUCACAGCCGGAGAGAAAGAGGUAGAGGCCAAAUACGCCGUGGUACUUCCCAGGAUGAACAAACUGGGCAAGGCAAAGAUGGUCGAGGUUCCCCAUGCGGCUCCUGGACCUUCUACAGGACCAACAGGAGAACCCACCACAUUGCAGCCAAAACCCCCUAAACCCGGUGCCAGGCUUGUGCUCCCUGUAAAACCAGAUCUCAGCCUCCUGAAGUCCAUCAAUAAAUCCUUGCCAGGGGGGCUAACAGCAGCUGCAGACCUGGCAGAGAGGAGCCCUGGGUCCAGUAGUAAACUGGAGGGAUCGUCCGCCAUUGGGGAUGGAAAGAGGAAAGCUGCCCUCAAAAAUCAAGAUGGAGUCAGUGUGCUACACGCUGCAAGAGGGAAACUGAAAACUUCCCAGAUCAACCUGACAAAGAUGGCCUUGCCAGGGGCAACAGUAAGUGGCGGGGGGACUCGAGCCAAUGGAGCAAACCCAGAGGGAGAGGCUACAACCGGGACACCCAGGUCCAACACUCAGCUCUUCCCAAAGGGGGAGGCAAGUGCUGCGACGUCAGGUGUCCGGUCCUUGUAUGAAGAAGAGGCGGACAGAGAAGUGGCCCAGCUGAUGGGUGAGGGGGGGAUUUAUACGAUCCCCCAACCAGAGGUGCACUGGGCUUGUAACUCACGGAUGACUGGAGACCCUCAGGACUGGCUGCGUGCAGAGAACCUGUUGCCCCACCAGACCGUGGAGAAGUUAACCAAGUGGACAGUAUAUGACGAUGGGGGCCAGGCCAGCACCGUCCCUGCCCACAAUGGCAGGGGCCCCUGGGAAUCAGAGGACCCUACGCAGGAGAUGCUGGAGAGUCGACUGGUCAGCACACAGCUCAAAACUUUCUUAAUUUGGGAGAUUUAA